GUCCGGCCUCUGCUCUUUGUGCUCUUCCUGGGGAUCUACCUCCUGACCCUGCUGGCGAACCUGACGAUGCUGCUGGUGAUCAGGACUGACUCCCACCUCCACACGCCCAUGUACUUCUUCCUCAGUCACCUCUCCUUCCUCGAUCUCUGUUUAACUUCAGUCACUGUGCCCAAACUGCUGGACAAUCUCCUGUCUCAGAAGAAGUCGGUCUCAGUAGAAGGCUGCCUCGCGCAGGCUUUCUGUGUGUUUUCCACCGUGGGAACCGAAGCCUGUGUGCUGUCUGCCAUGGCCUAUGACCGCUACGCUGCCAUCUGCUACCCCCUGCUCUACAGUCAGGUGAUGAGCAAACAGUUGUGUAGGGGUCUGGUGUGUAUAUCAUGGGGAGUGGGCUUUCUGGAUGCUCUCAUUAACACCCUCAUGGCUCAGAAUCUGCAGUUCUGCGAGGCUCAUGCCAUGCCUCACUUCAGCUGUGAGCUGCCCUCCCUGUUUGCCCUCUCUUGCUCUGAUCUAACCAGCAACUUUGCAGUCUUGAUAGGCGCUGCCCUUGUGCAUGCCCUGGGGACCAUCCUCCUGAUCUUCUUCUCCUACGGCCACAUUAUCUCCACCAUCCUGAGCAUCCGCUACACCGCAGGCAGAAGCAAGGCCUUCUCCACCUGCUCCUCCCACCUCGCUGCAGUGAGUGUCUUCUACGUGUCUGCUUUGCUUCGCUACCUCAUGCCGGCCUUGAGCGCUCCACUGGAGCUGACUCUGUCAGUGCAGUACAGUGUGCUCACGCCUCUACUGAAUCCCCUUCUCUACAGCCUAAAGAACAAAGAAGUAAAGGCAGCCCUGAAAAGAAUGUUGCAAAAGUUUUUACAUCAUCUUAAAUAA